AUGGCUUUGGCUAUGAUCAUUUCUCUGAUAACUACAAAGUUGUUGCCGUUUUUCUAUAUUACCAUCGACCUAAUGAUAGUAGUGGUUGUUGCUGUUCGCAAAACUCAAGUUAUGGUUCAUACUUUGGGUACCGAUUCUUGGAGAUUGAUACAAGACUUUCCUUCUCUAAUUACUGGUACCACUUAUCUUAAAUCAGGAAAAUUUGUAAGUGGCACAAUUAAUUGGUUAGUAUGUCGUGGUGAUUGGUCCAUUGUUUCUCUUGAUUUGAGGACAGUGUCCUAUCAACAAAUUCUGCCUCCUGAUUAUGGAGAAGAAAAGUUUACUUUCAAGUUGGGGGUUUCAAGGGAUUGCUUGUGCAUCCUUGGUGAUCAUGUAAGUCAAAGGGUUUCCGAUGUUUGGCUUAUGAAGGAAUUUGAAAAUAGAGAGUCAUGGACUAAAUUGGUCAGUUUUCAUAGCGAUCACUACUACUCUAUUAAUAAAGUACUUUAUAUUUUUGUGGAUGACCAACUGCUGCUAGAGGUUAUGAAGUUGGGGUUGGUUGUUUAUGAUCCCAUAAAUAAUACUUUGAAGAUUCAAGAUUUAUGA